CCGGGGGCAAGACACCGUGCAGUUGGCUGCAUUGUUGUUUUGUGUUCAUGUAGGAGCACAGUCCAAAAGAAGGAAGCUGGUCAAUUGGAGCUCGUUCAUGGAUUCGGUACUUUGCAUGACGAAACGCGGAGGUUUGCGGCGGCGGCGGCGGCGGCAAACCCCGCUAGUCCGCUUUGGAGUGGAACUUUUUCUCGAAUUUCCAUGCAGGAAGCCUAGCCUUCAUUUACUGUCGCCAUCACCUGAACUCUUUUACCUUUUCCUAUAUACCAGCUGUUCGACUGUACUGCAUUCUAGAGUACCUAUUAGUACCUAUUAAUUCCUGUCCUCUCAAUCGGGACUUCCAUUUUCCUUCAAUCUUUUCCGGUCCUUCCCGAAUCCUCAAUGACAGUCGAACACGCCGAAGCUCCUCGAUCACUUCGAGCCAGCAGUGCCCAAUUCAAACAGACCCUGACACAAUCGCGAGAAACCGGCGAUGUAAUUCCUCCCAAGCAACAAGAUGGAUCCACAAUCAGUGCAAGCGCCACACCUUUUGCGAAAUCAUGGGCGCAUUUCAUUGCAGGCGGCCUGGGUGGCAUGGCAUCUGCAACACUGACUGCACCACUUGACGUUCUCAAGACUCGCCUCCAAUCAACCUACUAUCAACACCAUCUCGUUGCGCAGCGUUCUGCGCGUGGAUUGCCUCCAAUCGAGACUAUGUCCCUCGCCCGCAGCUCGUUGCUCCACAUCCGAGAGACCGGAGAAAUACUAUUUCAAGUCCCAAAGGUGGAGGGAUGGAGAGCGCUCUUCAAGGGACUCGGUCCUAACCUGAUUGGAGUGGUCCCUGCGAGGGCAAUAAACUUCUACGUCUAUGGCAAUGGGAAGAGGAUCAUUAGCACAUAUGGCAACAAUGGACAAGAAGCGGCUUGGGUGCAUCUCGGUGCUGCCGCAUGCGCUGGUAUAGUUACUGGAACGGCGACGAAUCCCAUCUGGCUGGUGAAGACUCGAUUGCAAUUAGACAAGGCCACACAUGCGGAUGGAAAGGGACGGCAGUACAAGAAUGCGUUCGACUGUACCAUGCAGACGAUACGGAAAGAAGGAAUCUCUGGUCUGUAUCGAGGAUUGACCGCGAGUUAUCUGGGCGUGACCGAGAGCACACUUCAAUGGAUGCUGUACGAGCAAAUGAAGCUUUCACUUGCAAGAAGAGAGGAAAGAGUUGCAGCAAGCGGGCGCGCACCAACGGUCUGGGAUCAAACUGUUUCCUGGACUGGCAAGCUCUCUGCAGCGGGAGCAGCAAAGUUCGUUGCAGCCUUGCUCACAUACCCACACGAGGUCGUCCGAACCCGUCUCCGGCAAGCGCCCCUCGAAAACGGCCACCUGAAAUACACAGGAUUAGCCCAAUGCUUCAAACUCAUCUGGAAAGAGGAGGGAAUGGCAGCGUUGUAUGGCGGACUGGUUCCCCACAUGCUGCGUGUGGUGCCUAGUGCCGCUAUCAUGUUUGGUACCUACGAAGGAGUGCUCAAGCUGCUUGGUACCAGCAGCAACAUGUAAUAUGGAAAAAGGGGUGCGAACAUCAUUUCAACUGGCGUCUUUCUUCCUCUCUUUUCAGUUUCAGCAUCUCCAUGGCGUCUGGCGGAGGGUUCAUCUGCGGUUACCACCUUCCACCUUCAAAACAAUACCCACUCAACUUCUUUCCACUACUUGUAAUAUUAGGCACACAAAAGUAAAUGCUUGGGAGAUCCAGCUCAUGUACGAUACACGAUAGUCUUCCAGUCAUCACAUAACGUUCCGAGGACCUGGUCUGUAAAGUAGAACAAUACAAACGAUAACGACAUC